AUGUUUCAAUUACAAGUUCCAGAAAUGUGUCCACCUGUAGAAAAAAAUAACAAAUUAAGUGGUAGUGCUAUCUUUCUUAUUAUUGUAGCAACUGCUUAUUUAGUUGUCGGAGCUGUGUUUAUGCAUAUAAAGCAUGGUGCUCGUGGUAUUGAACAUAUUCCAAAUUUAGAAAUGUGGCGUAAAUUGGGUAAUUUGGCUGCUGAUGGAUGUGAAUUUUGUUGUCGUUGUGAAAGAACAUCACCACGUGCUGGAUAUUUUCUUGAUGAAUCAGGACCAGAUAUGCGUGAUGAUGAUAUUCUCUCUCCAUAA